AUGCAGGGUCAGACAAGCGACCAGCCAGUUGGUCUUGACACAGAUCAAAUGAAAAUUCACACCAAUUAUCAUUUUACACAGUCUAGCCUAACCUUUACCCUUGGCGAACUCUCUGCUGCUUUGCAGUUGAUAAGGGACCAGAAUGACAUCUUCAAUAGUCAUGAGGAUGACGGUCCUGAGCCCAUCCCCUUGCCUUGUCUAGAACAUGGAGCCUGUCCUGCAUGUAUUUUGCGUGCUCAUCGUCACAAAUGCUAUGCGUGUGGCACGAAGAUCCACGAAACUGUCUGUACCAUCCACAUGACUACUCAGUUUUCCGCCAAAGAAGUUGCCAUUAGUAACUGUUCUGAUCUCGAGGGGGUACCUGAAGAGAAGCUACUGCUUCUUUUCAACCUUUUUCUACCAACCACCACUGCAACACUACAACCUCUCAAAAUUAUGCCUCGUCCUUCUAUUCAUAAGACCAUCGAGGCAAAACUGCAAGCAAGUCGUGAAAAAAACCGACGCCAUUAUGCAAAAGACAGAAUCUUAAGCCAGCGGAGAGAGCUUCGUAUUCAAAAGGACACGGGGCCAUCAGAGCUCCAGAAAGCCGUUGAAAUAUUCUUACAUCACCAUGACUCAGAUGAAGAGGAAGAUCAAGAUGAGCUGGAGAUGUCAGACGAUUCCGGCAAUGUUGAGGAGAACGAUGACGACAUGAUACCAUAUGUCAUCUUAUAA